CAUUGAAUGUGUUUGACUUGUAUCUCUGCUACCCGCACCGGUUUUUCCAGCAUAGGCAUCGCAUGCAGCAUUUGUCGCCUGAAAACGGUCCUUGCACGCCUUACCCUCGCCGCUAUCAACGGUACCCUACAGAAACUGCAACAUCGUUGGCGUCUAGCAGUGCCGCUGGGGUGGUCAUUACCUUCUGGCGUGUUCCUUUGUUCAUUGUUGAAGCUGACAAGCGAAGCUGUGUCGCGCGGAUCUAUUGCGAAACACUGGUAUCAGCCACGCUAACUUACCAACCGAUCUGACUACCUACUAGUUACCAACUGCUGACCAAUAACUUGCAGCUGACGUGUCCAUCUUGUCCAAUAUUACCCUCAACCAACGCGGCAGAUGAGGUGACAGUCGUAAAAUCUUAGUCUACUUGAAGAAGGGAAUCAUUUGCGCAAUGGAACCUGUUCCCGUUUGUGAUACUUCGUUGAUACGCUGGUGACGCAGACUGAAUAUCUGAAAGUGACACGAUUCAGUCAACAAGGUAAACAUACAUAUCAACGGAAGGUCAUCGAUAGAAGUUGGGCGACGGGUCAGAUCAGGAUGCAUUCGCUUGUCUGGUUCGUGUGUGUCUUUGUUAUUACUGUUAGCUCUACGUCGUUGAUUGCUGGCGUCGAUGGUCAGAUACUUGCCCGCUUUCUUCGACGAUGGUCAGGGUCUUCGCAUUACGAUGACGGCUGGCAUGAUGACCACGAGGAGUCGGAGUGGCAGCCCUGGACAACGACGAAAACAAAAACUAUUAUUAAGAUAAAGCCAGUAAUCAAGGUUAAACAUGUUGUAAAAGAGAUACCCGUCUACAAGACAGUCAAGGUCUACAAAACGGUUCCCGUCUACAAAGAAAUACCGGUUGUUAAGGAAGUAAAGGUCGUGAAACAUAUACAUGUCCACAAAAAGGAGCUCGUAGACAGCCCUCCUAAAGGAUGGGAGGAAGCUGUUCCAGAAACGCAAGGUGGAUAUUACGGUGAGGCUAAGCACGCUCCUCACGAUCUUGUAGGAAAAGUUCACGGUGGAACAGUAAAAGAUUCGGGUAGCGGAGCGCACCAUCAGUGGCCUGCCAAUGCAGAGGAUCGAGAGAAGAUUUGGAGUGAAAAAGGUUGGCAGACGAAGGAAACGCCAACGUAUGCCACGACAACAUCGUCGUCGGCAACACAUUCGACCGGCGGUGGCUGGGAGAACGGAAACGGAGGCUGGAAAACGGAAUCAACUAUCGAGGGUGCUGAUAGUGGUAAACAUUGGCUCCCACCUCGGGGCUGGGUACCUCCUCAGGGAUGGCAGCCCCCUCCAGGCUGGCAACCGCCUCCCGGUUGGAAAGAAUGGGUCCAGAAGCGUAAAUCAAGUAGAAAGGGAACUGUCUCCACACGACCCCUGAAUAUUAAGGAUAGGCCGUAGGGUACGACAAAUGAGCUAUACAUAAUGUCUGCUGCGUAAAUACUAAGUUAUAUACAAAUGUUAAAUGAGAAUUACAAAAUAGCGGUUUAAAUACAAUAUAAUGUAAGAAGGAAAACAAAAAUCCUAAACCAAAUAGUGACUCUUAUUUCUCUAGCAGAUAAUAUUGUCUCUGUUAGCAAUUACUGUAUCCGCAAAGAGACAAUUGCGCCAUUGUUGAAGAAGCUUACUUGUAAAAAUGAAUGGAACUAUACAUAUAUAUAUAUAUAUAUCACCGAUGCAACAUACUACUUUACAUAACAGAGCAAGUAAAUACCGUUAGUCUCCACGUGUUUGUAUAUUUAUUGCAAACGUUUACCCUUUUGACUUGAAAGCUUCAGUAUUCAAUGCAUAUAAUCUGGAUUAAAAAAUUUAAUCUAUUAAUUAUAUAAAAUUGUUGGUGCAGUAUCUUCAAAGAGAAUAGCGAUAAAGCACAGUUAAAAAUAACAAAAAAAAAAGAUUUGCUUUAAUAAUAAUAAUAAUAAGGUAUAAACAAGUCCUGAAAAAAUGUUAUAUUAUCUUUACAUUGUAUAUUGUAUAUCUGGUACGCUUUAUGUGGAUAUAUUGUAUCUAGAUAACUACCAUGAAUGUCAUUCAUCUGUUCUACUAUUUCUACGGGAUGGUAAAUACCAGCUUAUUUUUCUGGUAUCCUAACUGCUAGACUACGUAGUUUUUUUUACGAUAUAGCUUUAUUUUAACAUAUAGCGAAAACGCGAGCUCCAACAGUUACCGAAAAUA